AUGUCAGAAGCUUCUCAUGGCCAUCAGGCCAAUGAAGCUGCCACUCCCAUCCAGUCUCCUACUAGUGGGAAGCUAAAUAUUCACGAAGCUUCAGGUAUUGCCUCUAGAAGCGAAACUUCUUCGCCAGAGGCUUGCAAGGCUAAGGCCUCAACCUUUUCUGUCCUUUCACUUGAUCAACCUCGCCGUCGGGCCCUGUCGCCUAAUACUUUUGAUUCGAAUGCCAUUUCUUAUCCCCAAGUCUCCUCUGGAGCUUCUAAUCCUACCAUUCAACUCUCUCAUGACUCUCCUAAUCAUUCAGUCCGCAAAUUAUCUGCAACUUCAGUAGGGGAAGCGUCGGAACAAUCAUCUCCUCCCCAAAAAGAAAACCAAAAAUUUAGUCCGGAGCUGAAGAAACAGCUCGAGAGCUUAAUAGCUCCUGACUCGAGAACAACCCCACAGUCCUCAGCACCGUCCACUGUUUCGAAAAGCAGUAGACUUGGUGGUUGGUCAAUUGGUACAUCCUCGAUAGCCCUCAGACCCAGUGAACCGGUCCCAAGUAUCGUUACCACCCAACUUUGGGAGCCAGAGGGAACCCCGGAAGGAUCCUCAGAGAGCACCGAGUCUGAUAGAGUCCCAACACCGCUGUCAAUGUCUGGGUAUCAGUCAGAAUACAUUUCUUUCCCAUCAUUUGAGUCUUAUCCAAAAAAUCCACGCCCGGGUCUACGUUCCAGAUGCAGUGAUAAGUCCUGGCAUCUGCUCCAGAAGCUAAAGGGGAAAAUCGUGGAAAUGCACAACGCUGGUUUGCAUUCCAGUCGUUCAAGUAGCCGAAACUCGAUUUCUAGCCGAAAAUCGAGAUCGCCAGCAAGGCCACUUGCGGAGAAUCAACAACCGCGCACGCGAGCUGCAUCAGAAAGUGGUGGAAACCGAACACGCCUCGACCCUGGCCCAUCAUCUCGUUCAAAACUUAAGGCUGCCACUGUUAGCGGUGGAACUUUGAGGACCUCCGCCUCGAACUUGAAAAGAGUUUCAAUCGCAGAACCAAAUCCUACUCCAAUACCCAUUAAUAAUCUACAACGUCGAUCUUCUACUCGUAGAGCCACUAUUAUCGCUGUAACUCCGGAGAGAGGUCAACACACACCAAAUCGAUUAAAUCAGGCUUCGGGACAGACUUCAGAGGGGCAGAAGGAGCCCACAGGACUUUCUGGCCUUACACGUCCCAUUGAAUUUGCAUCUAAUAUCUUCCAAAGUCUGAUUACAGUUGCUUCCGGCGGUUCACCAAAAUCAACCCCGGUUUCCCCAGACCGGGGAGGCGCAUCCGGGACUAACGUCUCUAAGCUUCAAGACAAAGGGAAAUCCCCCCAGCUCACCAACCAAGAUUCUAGCGAAGAUGAAAUGACUUUUAUGGAGUACAUUAAGAAGUUUUCAGAUUCGUCCCCUACGGGAACUCCGAAGUAUCCCCCGUUUUCGGCGCCCAGUUGCGACAUCUUGGCUGCAGAGGUCCAGCCUGAGUUCUCAAAUACAGUUAAGCAAGCUGCUCCUCGAACUGUCACAUUCAAAGAUCCAAUCUAUGACAAUAUAAGACGUGGAGCCGCUCCUAUGUCCCCAAUUCAAGAGGCUGAGAGCAGCGAAGAAAUCCCACCGGAGAUCGCCCUCGAUCCCGGUACUGGCAAAACCCUCAUCAAGUACACGGCGGACGACUAUGAUGCUAUCACCAAUUACUUCUACAAUGUCCAAAUACGCGUUUUGAAACAGAAAUGGCCAUUUCUGUAUGGUAACGAAAUCAAAUAUCUCAUUGACAAUAAGUGGCUUGAGAUGGAAUGGGAGGAUUUGGAGGAUUGGGCACAGGAGAGUGCUCGCCAUGUUGAUGACGAAUAUUAUGUUGAAACUGAUCUCUUCGAAGAUUUGACUCUUGUCGACCCUCGUGGCCCUGGCGCUCCCCGACAAAGGUCAAACUUAUCUUAG